AUGCUAGCAACUCCGUCCUUCCUAUCAUCUCUCCGUUCCCGUUUCCCUUCUUCGAUCUCCAACGACCGUACCUCAUGGUACCUCGUCUCCGCCGUGACCUUCUCCAUCUGCAACUACCCCGAAGAAGUCGCCAACCUUUUCCGAUUUCUCCUGGAUGAAGAAAGUGAGAAUGCGAGCCUCGCUGCCAAGAAAAUCAGUGAGGGGUUGCUGAAGGCGGGGUUGACGGGUGGAUUGCCGAAGGCGAUCAAUGCGUUGACAGAGUUGGGGAAGGUUGUACCGGCGGAGAUGAGGCAGACAACGCCAUAUCGGUUGCUUGAUAUCAGCGAAGCUGAAAGACAAACUCGUGGUGAGGAGUACUUCAAGAAGACAUAUGGCAAGAUUUCGGAAAGGGUGUUGGAUAACUUGCACAAUGCUUAUCCAGAUUUGGCUUAUACGGCGGUCAAGCAUAUCUACUCGCCCGUGCUCUCUUACACAGACGUUAUUUCGGCCAAAGAGACGUCGUACGUCCUCAUCUCUUCCCUGAUUCCGCAGGACGUAAAUCCACAAUUGAAAGGACAUCUCCGUGGUGGCCUCAACCAGGGGGCAACAAGAGAAGAGAUCGAUGCGGUGAGAAGCAUUGCAAUGAGUAUCUGUGAAGUGUGCGGAGUGAAGUGGAGGGGCGAAGUUGCUAACCUGUGAGUGCCAUUAUAACGAGAAGUAUGUAUGGGGACUGAUAGGGGACAGACCACCAGCAACGCAGGGAGAAACGGCAAAGUAGAUAGCGGUAUGUCCUUGGGUAUCAACAACUGAGAGAAAACGAACGCCUUGUAAUGCCCCUGUCCCAUGCUUCCAUCACAGAUACUUCCGGGCAGCGGCCCUAACCUUCACCUCAAAUGCCGGACUUGUAAUUGGUGCGUCCACCGUGUAGAAUGGGUUCAACAGACACUUGACGUACAAGUCAUAAACCUCCUGGAAGAAUGCACGAAUUGCAUCGUCCUGCUUGCUGUCGUGUAGCAGCAUAAUCUUGAUGUUUCCUGCGGUGAGGAAGACAGAGAUGUUUGAGUUGUUGAAAUGGUCGAUGUUCUUCAUGUAGCAGGAUGAUGAGGUCCAUUGUACUUCUUCUACGAUAUCCAAUGCUGAAUGAACGAUGAACUGAUUCAUAUGGCGGAUGU